CUCCCCGGAAGCCCCUCCCCGAAGCCCAGACGAUCCGAGAGCAUCGACUCCCCUGAGGCUCUCAGCUUCAGGUCCAAGGCUUGGUCGGGCUCCAGUCACCGCCGGGCUCCAGAAGACCUAACCCCACUCCGAAUCCCUUCAGGGAAGACCCCCCAACCCCUAAUCUAUACCUUUUUCCCUAUCCGUACGGUGAAAUACCUCGCCUCGCUCAAGGCGCCCCUUACCUGGCUGUGCCUGGUUCCAAAGGUUAAAUCGUGAGGGGAGAUCCUAGCCUUCGGCCUCACCGCCUGCAGCCCCAAUCCAAGGGGCCAGGCCCUUGAUCCAGCCCGCCCCUGGUGUGGGGUGCUUGGAAACGCGAUCCCCACUCUCCCCUUGCCGGCCUGAGGGUCGCUAUUUCUGGCGGCACCUGGGCCCUGUCAUCAGCAGUCUAUUCCAGGACCGGAACGAUAGUCUCAGAGCUCACGUUUCCCAGCCGGCGGAGUGAGGAGGAACCAGAGGCGAGACGGUGCAGUGCGCGCGGCAUUUUGGGAACGCGUGGUAUUCUGGGAGCGCGGGACCGCCAUUCGCUUGCCUCGCGCGCUCGCAGUCGCCUGAGUUCUCGCUACCGCCGCUGCACCGGGAAGGAAGGGGAGGCCGGAGCCGAACUCUCUUCCUGCCAAGAUGUCUAUUGGUGUGCCAAUUAAAGUCCUACAUGAAGCUGAGGGUCACAUUGUGACCUGUGAGACAAACACCGGCGAGGUGUAUCGUGGGAAGCUCAUUGAGGCCGAAGACAACAUGAACUGCCAGAUGUCCAACAUCACAGUCACAUACAGAGAUGGCCGAGUGGCACAGCUGGAGCAGGUGUACAUUCGUGGGAGCAAGAUCCGCUUUCUGAUUUUGCCUGACAUGCUGAAAAACGCCCCCAUGUUAAAGAGCAUGAAAAAUAAAAACCAAGGCUCAGGGGCUGGUCGGGGAAAAGCUGCCAUUCUGAAGGCCCAAGUGGCUGCCAGAGGAAGAGGACGUGGAAUGGGACGUGGAAACAUCUUCCAGAAGCGAAGAUAAAUUCAUCUGUUGCACAGAACUUUGCCCUUUUUUUUUCUUUUAGGUUAUCUGGGUUCAGUGGAGUGUGUGCUUAUCUGUAUGGUCCUAGGUGUUCUUUUGACAUCUUUCUCUUUAGAUCAGGGGAAAUAUUAAACUAAAUAAAUAUGGUGGUUGUUUUUCUUUUUGUGAAAA